UAUAUUCCUGGAUGGAGGGAUUCAUGCAAGAUGAUCAGGUGCAUUUUGGUAGUUUUGCAGAAAAGAAGAAGGGCUUUUAGGUAAUCAGCACGUAGAGUAGCUGAUCAUAUAAGCUUCAAAUUUCAAUACUCUUUCCAAUUUACAAGCAAGAAAAGAGAAGAAAAGAAACAUCUUCUGAUCAGCAGAUAGGGAGAAAGAAAAUAAGGUAAUAGGCUGGAAAUGGGACGUGGAAAGAUACAAAUCAAGAGGAUUGAGAACCAAACGACAAGGCAGGUGACCUUCUCGAAGCGGCGGGCAGGGCUACUGAAGAAGACUCACGAGCUUUCGGUGCUUUGUGAUGCACAAAUUGGGCUCAUCAUUUUCUCAAGCACUGGAAAGCUGUGCCACUACUGCACUCACCCCUUUAGAAUGGAGCAACUGAUAGAAAGGUACGAAAAGGUUACGGGCACUCGUGUUCCUGAGCAUGAUGGCCGGGAAGAAAUAUACGCUGAAAUGACAACGCUGAGAAGAGAAACUCAUCGUCUUCAACUAAGCAUGCAACGCUACACUGGCGAGGACUUGAGUUCCUUGCGAUCCUAUGAGGAUUUGGAUCAACUUGAAAAGGAACUCGAACGCUCACUUAACAAGGUUCGAGAUCGGAAGAAUGAGCUCAUGCAGCAGCAGCUGGACAACCUGAGAAGGAAGGAGCGUAUGUUGGAGGAGGAAAAUAGCAGCAUGUGCCGUUGGAUUCAGGAGCACCAGGCAGCCAUAGAGUAUCAGCAAGCAGCAAUGGAGGCAAAGCCAGUGGAGAAUCAUCAAGUUGUAGAUCAAUUCCAGUUAUAUGGAGAGCAACCCUGUAGCGUGCUUCAACUUGCCACUUUCCCUCCUGACAUUCAGCCAUAUCAUCUUCAACUUGCUCAGCCCAGUUUUCAAGAUUAACUUUCGUCUCAGGUUCCACAGACUCUAAGAGGUGUAAACAGGCAGUUUUGUGCAGCCAUUAGUUUUGAUUAUAAAUUUGACUUAUGUCCAUCAAAACAAAUCAAUCGUUGA